AUGAUUUCCGAAAGCAGCUCCUUCAUGAAGGGCGUGGUGCUAGGAGGAGUAUUCUGCAUGUUGGUAACCCUCCUCGGACACAUUAAGGUGGGCCACGGGACUAAAGCACAUCACCACGAGCAUCACCACAUCCAGGCUCCCAACAAGGAAGACGUCCUAAACCUUUCAGAAGAUGAACGUGUGGAGCUCAGUAAAAGUAUCCGCGUUUAUUGUAUCAUCCUUGUCAAACCCAAGGAUCUGGGGCAUUGGGCUGCGGCCAAAGAGACGUGGAGCAAGCACUGUGACAAGGCAGACUUCUACAGCUCUGAGAACGUCAAAGUGUUUGAUUCUGUGCCCCUCAACACAAAUGACAUGUGGGUGAUGAUGAGGAAAGCUUACAAGUUAACCUAUGAACGCUACAAGGAUGAAUUCAGCUGGUUCUUCCUUGCCUAUCCAACAACAUUUGCUAUUAUUGAAAAUCUCAAGUAUUUCUUACUGAAAAAAGACUCCUCACAGCCUUUUUACAUAGGCCACACUAUGAAAUCUGGUGACCUUGAAUAUGUAGAUGGCCAGGGAGGAAUCGUCUUGAGCAUCGAGUCACUAAGGCGACUCUCCCAAGUUCUUGGGGACCCUGACAAGUGUCCGGAGCGGGGAGGUAUGAUCUGGAAGCUUGCAGAGGAUAAACAGCUGGCAAUCUGCCUGAAGUACACCGGAGUGUUUGCCGAGAACGCGGAGGAUUCUGAGGGGAAAGACGUGUUUAACACCAAAUCCGUGGGUGCCCUGAUCAAGGAGGCCAUGUCCACCCACCCGCAGCAGGUGGUGGAUGGCUGCUGCUCCGACAUGGCCAUCACCUUCAGCGGGCUGAGCCCCAACCACAUGCACGUGAUGAUGUAUGGUGUGUACAGGCUGAGACCCUACGGCCACACGUACACUGAUGCACUUGUCUUCCUGCCCCCAGCAGGCUCAGACAAUGACUGA